GUUGUGGGAGUCAUGGCGUCUUACUGUAAGCUGUCAGAUCUUUUCCCCAUUCAGAGCCAGUUAGACUAUGCUUUAGAGGACGCGACGACUCAAGAAGAAAAAGAAAAUCUUGUACAUCAGUAUUUGCACAAAAUAGACGAAAAUGACGAUUUAAUUAUACCGGAUUUUGAAGAAGGACUGGAAUGGUUGAACACAGACGGCCCAUUGUCACUCAGGAAGGAACUGUCAGGCAAAGUGGUGGUGCUUGACUUCUUCACCUACUGCUGCAUAAACUGCAUGCACCUACUUCCUGAUCUACACCAGUUGGAGCAAAGUUACACCAUAGAAGACGGUCUGGUUGUUGUAGGUGUGCACUCGGCUAAAUUCCCCAAUGAGAAGGUCCUACAGAACGUACGCAGUGCGGUGUUGAGAUAUGACAUCACCCAUCCUGUAGUGAACGACAGCGAUGCCUGUCUGUGGCAGGAGCUGGAGGUGUCCUGCUGGCCCACGCUGGUACUGCUGGGACCCAGAGGGAACCUUCUUUUCUCCCUGGUGGGUGAAGGCCAUCGAGAAAAGCUCUUCCUUUUCACUGCUGCUGCCCUCAAGCACUACAGAGAACAAGGGCUGCUCAAGCACCAUGAUGUGGGAAUUAAACUGUAUAGAGACUCCCUGCCUCCCUCCAUCCUCUCUUUCCCUGGGAAAAUAGCCAUGGACCCCAGUAGCAAGCGGUUGGCUAUUGCCGACACAGGACACCACAGGGUACUGGUGGUCUCCAAUACUGGGCAGGUGCUGCACUCUAUAGGGGGUCCCUCAAGUGGGAGACGAGAUGGAAAUUUUUUUGAGGCACAGUUCAGCUCCCCACAAGGGGUGUUCAUAAAGGGAGACACGGUCUACGUGGCUGACACUGAGAACCACCUUGUUAGAAAGAUCAACCUUUCAGAAGAAAAAGUCUCAACCUUAGCCGGCACUGGCGUUCAAGGUACAGAUAAAGAAGGCGGUGCACUGGGACCACAACAGCCAAUCAGCUCUCCCUGGGAUGUUACCCUUGGCAACGCAGGUGGUGAUGUUUUGUGGAUAGCCAUGGCAGGAACGCAUCAGAUCUGGGCUCUCUUCCUGGAGGACGGGAAGCUUCCCAAAGGGAGCAAAAAAGGAACAUGUGUGCGCUUUGCGGGCAGUGGGAAUGAGGAGAACAGAAAUAACGCGUAUCCUCAUAAAGCGGGUCUGGCCCAGCCGUCAGGCCUGGCUCUUGCCCCAACAGAGCCCUGAGAGUGUCUCUUUAUCGCUGACAGUGAAAGCAGCACCAUUCGUGGCCUUUCGCUGAAGGAUGGAGCAGUCAAACAUGUGGUGGGGGGAGAGAGAGACCCUCUGAACCUGUUUGCGUUUGGAGACAUUGAUGGUAAAGGCAUAGAUGCAAAACUGCAGCAUCCAUUAGGAGUGUCCUGGGAUGAGGGCAGCAGCCUCCUCUAUGUAGCCGAUUCUUACAAUCACAAGAUCAAAGUGGUGGAUCCGAAGACUAAGCAGUGCAGGGUGCUUGCAGGCACAGGGAAGGCUGGGAACGGACUUGGCCCGAGAUUUCUGGAGUCCAGCUUCAAUGAACCUGGAGGCCUGUGUCUGGGUGAAGAAGGAAAGCUACUGUAUGUGGCGGACACCAACAACCAUUGCGUCAAAGUCCUGGACCUGGAGACCAAAACUGUCUCUUUGUUUCCCAUUGUAGUUCAGCAAGAGGUUGAUGCUGUCCUCACAACCGCCACUAGCAACACACCUGCGGUCAGAAAGCUUCCCAAGCUCCCCAAAUCAGCCCCAGUCUUUACAAUGUCAUCAAUCACAGUUCCUUCAGGACACUCAGUGACACUUUUGCUGAAAUUGGCACUACCGGCUGGGACCAAGCUGACCGAAGAAGCCCCUAGUUUCUGGAGCUUAUCUGCAGAAGGUACAAAAUCAAAUGUAUCCAAUAAGAGCAUCUUUACUAGCUCUCAAUGCCAAUCACUUACCAUGCAUAUUAUGUAAAACGCGUUUGUUUACAUGCAGUUUUUCGCACCUUUUACACUAUUCUUCUGGGGCUCCUCCGUGUAGUAUUCUGUUUGCUGGAUUGCUGUGUUCACACAUUUUCAGCAGGCUUCAGGGACCAGCUGGCCAUACUGGGAGAUGAUCCAAGGAAAAAUAAACAAUUCCUCUAUGCAUCCCAACACACGGUCAACCCCUCAUUCUAUCUUACCCUUCCUAUCUCUCUCUCCUUUUAGCAUCAUCAUUUCUGCCUCACCCUCCAUCCGUCUGCUGCAACAUUUGUCUUUCCUGUUGUCUUUUCUCUCAGUUCUUCUUCACAAAAACGUCAAUCCCACCCGAAAGCACAACUUCCAUGAUUGAUAAUCAGCCCAGUCACCAGAGAUGACUUCUGCUCAUCACACUGGUUGUUUGUCUACGCUCCGCAGUCCGCACCAGAACAUUCUAAAAUCCAAUAAACAAGCACCUAAUUAGUUGACUAAAAGUGGUCAUAGUUGAAGUGACAAAAAGUCCCGGGGGGCU